CACAACGCCAUUCGAAUUUGAUGCAAUCUUGAUCAAAUUUGUCCUCAUAUUCUUGUGAUUACUCACUCAUUUAGACGUGGCCAGUGAAUAAUGGACGACCAAGACGUUAUAGCAACCCUAAAGAUCCUUAUUAUAGGAGAAUCAAGUGUAGGAAAGUCGAGUCUACUGUUGAGAUUUACCGAUGAUACCUUCGAUCCAGAACAGUCUGCUACAAUAGGCGUUGAUUUCAAAGUAAAGACAAUAACGGUGGAUGGCAACAAGACUAAGUUAGCAAUUUGGGAUACAGCUGGACAAGAGCGGUUUAGAACUUUGACCCCAAGUUAUUAUAGAGGAGCACAGGGUGUUAUUUUGGUUUAUGAUGUCACCAAUAAAAAAUCCUUCCAAAAACUCGAAGCCUGGCUGAGUGAAUUAGAAACGUUUUCUACGAAACAUGAUAUUGUCAAAAUGUUAGUUGGGAACAAAAUUGAUGUGGAUAUGAGAGAAGUAUCACGUGAUGAAGGGUUAAAGUUUGCGAGAAAGCACCACAUGUUAUUUAUAGAAUCAAGUGCAAAAACUAAAGAGGGUGUACAGUGUGCGUUUGAAGAAUUAGUAGAAAAAAUUAUUCAGACACCUGGUUUAUGGGAAACGGACCAACGGGGCAUGAAUCUGAAGGGUCAAGGUCAAGGGCAAGGAGGAUGUUCAUAUUGUGUUGUCUGAACUUGGUGCUAAUCAUAAUGAAUAAUUCAUAGGACUAAAUUGACAGCAUCGGUUAUCGGUGCUCAAAAUGAUGUAAUUUAUUCCAAUUUUUUUAUUGAAGGUCCGUAGGUAUUUUGAAUUUGUAAUGACAGAGUGGCGUAGUGGAUCAGAUCGAUGUUUCAAAUCAGGACUCGGUUUUCAAAUCAAAUUUGCUGGAACAGAGUCGUAAAUCUUUUGCUAGCCUUGGCAUAGGCACCUGGUUGAGGAAGUCCCAUUUCAAGGAUGGCAAUUUUAAGUGGGUUUGGUGUCUUCUUUGACAGAGGUGGAGUCUGUUGCAAGCUACUCAUGUUUCUCACAUGGUGGGAUAUUUUGCUUGCCAUGAAAACACAUGUGGAUCUGCCUCUGUCUUUCUUGGGUAGGCCUACUUUCUUCGGAUGUCUACUGGCUUUACUUCACACUGUUGUAUCUGAAAAUAUAUUCUGUGUCUAUUGAAUUCGAAAUAUUUAGGCUUUGAUUGAGAAUGUUAUCAGGAAUGAAUUAAACUUGUUUGAUGUAA